GAUGGGGCGACCCUCGGUAACUUCAGUGUACAGCUGAGUGAUUCAAGGCGACUAACCAUACUUUUGUAAAGCGGUUUUUAACGUCUCAGGACCAUAAACCCCUACAUUUUCAAAAAAAAUGAAGCCAAAUUUACUAAUGCCACACCACAUUCAGGAUCUGCUUUUUAAGCAUCUUACGUUGUGACGCACAAUUUUGUAAUUACAAAAACACAUUGUUACUCAUAUUUUAAAUAACUUUUAUUAUUAAUAAUAAUAAUUUAAAGAAAACUUUUUUAAGUCUAUAAAUAUAAAAUUUUAUAUGUUACGAACAUAUUUUUAUAUGGGAAGGUGGUCAUUUUAAUUCGAUAAGGAAAAAUUUGUUACUUAAAAAAUAAUUGAAAGUUUUUAAAGCAAAGCUUAUUUGUUAACUUUAUUUAGCGACAAAAAAAAAUACUUAGGUGCUAGAAGAUACUAUUAAUAACUCAUAAUCGUAUAUAAAAUAGAAAAUGUCGGAAAUUAUUAUGUAAUAAUAGUAGUACGCAGAAAUGGAACCAUAUUCGAGUGAUCUACUCUGGUUGGUGGUAUGUGGUUUUAUAGUGGCAUUUAUUUUGGCAUUUGGUAUCGGCGCAAAUGACGUAGCGAAUUCUUUCGGCACGAGCGUCGGCUCUAAGGUCCUCACACUAACACAAGCAUGCAUACUAGCAACUAUUUUCGAGAUUGCUGGAGCUGUUCUGAUUGGUUACAAGGUAUCAGACACAAUGCGUAAGGGUAUAUUGGAUGUGUCGUUGUACGCGGACGGAGGCGAAAGGUUGCUCGCAGCCGGUUGUCUUGCAGCACUGAUAGCUGGAGCCUCGUGGUUGAUAUUAGCUACGGCGCUGCGUCUGCCAGUAUCAGGGACACAUUCAGUUGUUGGAGCUACUGUUGGUUUCACACUAACAGCAAAAGGACCAGUUGGUGUCCGUUGGUCUACCCUUGGGGCUAUUGUGCUAUCGUGGUUUAUUUCCCCGGCACUUAGCGGUGCAGUAUCAGCGUUAUUGUUUUGGUUGGUCCGAAGGUUCAUUCUGCGUGCUUCGCAGCCGAUAAUUUCAGGAUUGCAGGCAUUACCGUUCUUUUAUGGUGCUACUAUAGCCAUUAAUGUAAUUAGUGUAGUGCACGAUGGUCCGAAACUGUUAGCUAUGGAUAAAAUACCCCUUUGGGUUGCAUUGGCCGGUUCGCUAGCGCUGGGGGUGAUUGGAGCGGUAUGCGUGCGAGCCUUUCUCGUCCCCUAUUUCCGACGUCAGCUUGUUCCACCUCCAGUUAAUUUUACUCUUGGACCAUCAAACGAAACAACACCAACUAAUACUCCAACACACGGUAAAAAUAAUUUAGCGCAACGUCCGACAUCCUUGCUUUCUGAAGAUGGUAAACUCUUAGAAGCAAUUGCAGAGAGCGCCGAAAUGGUUACAUUGAGCGACGCAGAUAAGUGUUCAGUCGGUGUACGAGAAAUGAAUGCAAGGAACCGAGCACUUCUAGCUACGAUGGAUGACUGUAGCAUACUAUCGCGAAGCUUAAGCCCGCCUAAUAAAUCAAGAUUACAGCUGAUUGAUGCCGAUCCUCAAAUAAACACGUUAAAAUACAUAGAUGAGACUCUCAGUUGUUGCAAGAGCUUAGAUUCCGCUCAACUCGUUGGAAUGGGAGAGAGCUAUGAUUCGAAGAAUGGUUUUCUAGGCGAUUCUUGUGAUACCAUCGCACGCGGGGAGCUCGGACGUUUAUCAGCUCUGAGAGGUGUACCCGCUAUGGUAGAGUUUGAUACACCUCCUCCUAGAUCAGACAAGGGGCCGGAGAUGGGCAGCGCGUGGAGUAUCGAGUGCGACGCACGCAACACGCGGCUGGCGGCCAUCACGCCCAACUCCAGCGCCGCGCCACUGCUGCGCGCCACCAGCCCCGCACCACCCGCGCCGCCGCCCCCGCCGCCCGACACUCUACGGCUCUUCUCUUUCCUGCAGGUGCUCACUGCCACCUUCGGGGCGUUCGCACACGGUGGCAAUGAUGUCAGUAACGCCAUAGGUCCACUCGUGGCACUGUGGCUGUUGUAUUCGGAGGGCGGAGCGCACGCGCGAGCGGAGACUCCACUCGCAAUUUUAGUAUUCGGCGGUGUCGGCAUCGCGCUGGGCUUGUGGCUGUGGGGUCGCCGCGUGAUCCGCACAGUGGGGGAAGACCUCACCAGUAUCACGCCUGACACUGGCUUCACCAUCGAAUUGGGAGCGGCGCUGACCGUUUUGGUGGCAAGCAAGGCGGGUCUACCUAUUUCCACCACACACUGUAAGGUGGGGUCCGUCGUGUGCGUCGGGUACUUCUCGGAUAAAAAAGUGGAUUGGAGUCUUUUCAGAAAUAUAAUAUUCGCGUGGCUGGUGACCGUUCCGGCCGUGGCGGGCACGGCGGCGCUCGUCAUGUUGGCCCUAGAAGCGUUUGUUGUUUAAGCAAAACAUCAUUGUUGCGAUUGGAAUUUAUAUAUUCCAUAUAAAAAGUAAGGACAUUGAGUUGUCAGAGAAACGUUUCAUUCAUGUUUGUUAUUACUUAUUUUUAAAUUGAGAAACCCAUACACUUUUUAACAGCGAGAUACUCUCUAGACACGUUACUGACAAAAUGAACUACAAAUCAAU